GGUGCAGAGGUCGCGGCUGGGACAUAAAUACAGCGAUGGAGGAAGGUGAGGCAUUAGUUCCAUCCAAGACACCAGUCAGCCCACAAGCCAGGUGCACAGAGAAUCAUGUGGAAGGUUGUAUUGCUAGUUAGCUUCGCGAGUGCUGUUCUGCAGACAGCAGAGGCGCAGAGCUUACCCUUCCCGGGCUACAUCUCCGCAGAGAGUGUCAGGGCCAAACCACCCAGAGGGGACGGCCAAGCCAAUGACAUCUAUAUUCACCUGGAGAGGCCACCACAACUGAAAGAGAACCAGGUGGUGUUCUAUCCUCGCCACCUCGCCGGAUUCGGUUUUGAGAAGGGCAAGGACCCCGAGUCACCCGAGUACCAGAUCCACGACGCCACCAAUGAGAACCUUGGGCAAAGUGACAAGCACAGUAAGCACGACAAGCAUAGCAAGCACUCACACGUUGACCACCAGCACCACAGCAACAAGGGCAGCAGCGGCGGCAGUGGCAAGAAACUCAGAGCCACUGCCCCUGCACAGGAGGUUAUUACCGCCCCUCCAACUCCCCCUCCCCAUGUCCUUCAUCCACGACCCAGCUUCCCACCCCCUCCUCCUCCCCAGUUCUCAGUAAACUCACAUCGUCUCUCUCCCAGUUCUUACCCUCCCCCGCCUCCCCCUUCAUCCUACAACGAGUACCCUUCUCCUCCUCAUCCUGGGCACUACCCCAACCGUCCCCUGGCUUAUCCUCCUCGCUACUCCCGCUAAGGAUAAUCUCUAACAUCCUCCCCCUACACUCCCUUUUGUAAAUAUCCCUCCAUGCUGAGUCCUGCUGACCCCUUUGACAAGUCCCGAGAAAAAAAUCUUUCAUAUGUGCUUUAGUCCCGGUGCUCCUUACUCCUUACCAUCCUUUCAGCCUCAAGCCUUAGAUAAAUCCUACGCUCCGUUUGCCUUUAUCCUUGCUAGUUUCUAAAUCAUAGCUGAUAUACUACAGCCUCAUCAUAGAGUCCGGUAUUCAAACGUCUUAUACCCAUUCUAGGAACCCGAGAAUGCUAUCUUCCAAUGCCCUCCCGAGGAAUCCAAAAUCUUUCCCUACCUCGCUCACUCAGAUGCCAUCCUAUGGAAGAAGCGAGUAUAGAAUCCUUCCACGUCAUCCUUGAACCCACCCUAAGCGUUAUCUUACCUAACCUAACCUAACCUUCCAGGAUAUUACGCAUCCUACGAGACUCUUAGUAACAACGUCCAUCCUAGGACUUUCAUUACGUACAUCCUGCUUUUUUAUCCUCAAAUUCCUGGAAUAUUCUUGGUCUCCAUGCAAUCCUUCCCUAUCCUCCUUCAAGCAAUCUUGCAACACUUGCACCAUUCCUCAAGCACCCCAACCAUGCUCUUAUCGUCCAAGCAAUCCCAUAACGCCUUCAUCCUCUAAGCAAUCCUGCAAGACCCUCAUCCUCCAAGCAAUUUAAUACCGCAUUCAUCCUUCAAGCAUUCCUGGAACGCCUCUAUCCUCAAAGCAAUCCUACCCCACCGUCAUCCUUAAAGCAUUCCCAAAACACCCUCAUCCUCCAAGCAAUCCCAUAUCGCCUUCAUCCUUCAAGCAAUGCUGCAAGACCCUCAUCCUCCCUGCAAUUUAAUAACGCAUUCAUCCUUCAAGCAUUCCUGCAGCGCCCUUAUCCUCCAAACAAUCCUACGCCGCCCUCAUCCUUUAAUGCAAUCCCACAAGACCUUCAUCCUCCAAGCAAUCAUGCAAGACCCCAUCCCCCAAGCAAUUUAAUAACACAUUCAUCGUUUAAGCAAUCCUGAGUCAUCUGCAUCCUCCACAACACUUGCAUCCUCCUCCCAAAAAUCCUGAAGGAACUGCAUCCUUCUCCGAGCUACCCUGCAAGGCCUCCAUCAUCCUCCAAGCUACCCUACAAGGCCUCCCUCAACCUCCAAGAACUCCCCAAGGGCCUUCAUCAUCCUCCAAGCAAUCCUACAUGGACUCCAACAUCCUCCAAGCAAUCCUACAUGGCCCCCAUCGUCCUCCAAGCAGUCUUCGAGGCCUCCAACUCCCAAAUCAUCCUGCAACACCCCCCUCAUCCUUCAUGUCAUCCUCAAUGGUUGGACCGGCAAGAAUAAGGGCAUACACAAGAGGGCAUUUUAUACUAUGUGAUAUUAAUAUUUACAAAUAUUUAUAAUAUGUAUACUAUGUCAAGAAUUAUGUACACAUGCACAUAAUGUAUAUUGUGGUAAUUUAUGAAUCUAAUAUACGGUGCUGAAAAAGGUGAAAAUCUUUAAAAAAAAUUAUAUAUAUCUUGUAUAAUAAACGUGUGAUUGUUGCCAUGAGUAGUCGCGCUGAGUGAAAGAAUGUCAUAAGUGUCGAAGUUCUAUUUAACAAUAUGCACUAAUAAACCUUAGUGAAAAUA